ACAAACAAAUGUGCACGGGUUUGAUGUCGGGCUGCGUUACAGAUAACCUGUGACAUGUCAGGUGGAUUUGAUAGAUAACUCCAUGACAUUAGAAACAUGUGGCUCAAACCGGACGAGAUUCUGCUGAAAAACGCGUUUAAAUUAUGGGUCACCGAGAAGGAUAACGAGUACUUCGUUCUGCAAAGGAGGCGAGGGUACGGAGAAGGUGGAGGCGGGCUGACAGGCCUUCUUGUGGGAACUCUGGAUACUGUGUUAGACUCCACAUCCAAAGUUGCUCCCUACCGAAUUCUGCACCACACACCAGACUCACAAGUGUAUUGGUCCAUAGCAUGCGGUGUCACCAAAGAGGAGAUUGUGCAGCACUGGGAUUGGCUGCAGCAGAACAUCAUGCGGACGCUCUCUGUGUUUGACUCCAGUGAAGACAUCACCAGCUUUGUACAGGGCAAGAUUAGAGGUCUUAUUGCAGAGGAAGGAAAGACAUCCCUGGUGCUGGAAGACGAUCCUGAAAAGUUCAGAGAAGCGCUCUUGAGGUUUGAGAAGUGGUUUGAGCUGCCACCCGAGGAAAAGCUGGUCACGUACUACUCAUGCAGCUACUGGAAAGGCAAAGUGCCCUGCCAGGGCUGGCUCUACCUCAGCACCAACUUCCUGUGCUUCUAUUCAUACCUGCUGGGAGCUGAGGUGAAACUGAUCAUCUCCUGGGAUGAGGUCUGGAGGCUGGAGAAAACCUCCAACGUUAUCCUGACUGAGAGCAUCCAUGUCCUGGCUCACGGGGAGGACCACUACUUCUCAAUGCUGCUGCACCUUAACGAAACAUUUAUUAUCAUGGAAAAGCUGGCUGACUACGCCAUCAAACGCCUUUUUGAUAAAGAGGCCUUCCAAAGAGAGCCAGCACUCGCCGACCCCCUGCAAAUUACCAAGAGAGGCCUAGAAGCUCAUGCAAAGAGUGAGCAGUUCCGGACGUUUUUCAGGCUUCCCAGAGAGGAAAAUCUGUUAGAGGUGCAUGAGAGCUUCCUUUGGGUUCCCUUCAGCCAUUUUAACACACUUGGCAAGAUCUGUCUGUCUGAGAACUACCUGUGUUUCGCCAGCCAAGAUGGAAGCCAGUGCCACACCAUCAUUCCGAUGCGAGAGGUUGUUAAUGUGGAGAAGCCAGACUCCAGCAGCAGAGCUUUAACCGUGUAUGUGCGUGGCAAGAGGGCGCUGCGUUUCUCUGAGGUGCGGGACUACCAGCGGCUUGCCAACACAAUCCGGAGCAGGUGUGGGAUUAGUCCCAGCCCUCAGCACUCUGCGUCAACAGAGGCCAUAAGAGGCGAGUGCCAGUCACUCAUCAACCACUUUGAGGACAACCCAGAGGACGUCACGCUGAUGGUGGGACAGAAAGACAGCAGCAAGGCUGUAAGCACGGAGGCUCUCAUGACUGUUUUCCACCCGCAGGACGUUGAAAACCUCGACCCCAAAAUGCUUAAAGAAAAGAUGAAGGAACAGUCUUGGAACAUACAUUUCUCCGAGUAUGGACGUGGCACGAGUAUGUUCUUCACCAGGAAGACACGAGACUUGAUCGUUCGUGGCGUUCCCGAGGCCUUGAGAGGAGAGCUGUGGAUGCUUUUCUCAGGAGCUGUGAACGACAUGGCCACUCACCCCGGCUAUUACACUGAUCUGGUGGAACAGUCUCUGGGCACAAGCACUUUGGCUACAGACGAGAUCGAGAGAGACUUGCACCGCUCUCUGCCAGAGCACCCUGCCUUUCAGAGUGACACUGGAAUCUCAGCUCUACGCAGAGUCCUUACUGCCUACGCAUCCAGGAACCCGAAAAUUGGCUACUGCCAGGCCAUGAACAUUCUCACCUCCGUUCUCCUGCUCUACGCAAAAGAAGAGGAAGCUUUCUGGCUCUUAGUGGCCGUCUGUGAGAGGAUGCUGCCGGAUUACUUCAACCGGCGAAUUAUUGGUGCUCUGGUGGACCAGGCGGUGUUCGAAGAUCUGAUUCGAGAAAACCUGCCCCAGCUGGUGGAGCACAUGACGGAUCUGAGUUUCUUCUCUUCUGUGUCCUUGUCCUGGUUCCUCACGCUCUUCAUCAGUGUCUUGCCCAUAGAGAGCGCUGUGAACGUGGUGGACUGUUUUUUCUACGACGGCAUUAAGGCCAUCCUGCAGCUCGGCCUGGCAGUGCUCGACUACAACAUGGAGGCUCUGAUCAGCUGCCAUGACGACGCAGAGGCUGUCACCAUCCUCAACAAAUUCUUUGACAGUGUGACAAACAAAGACAGUCCUCUGCCUCCAACAGUGCAGCAAGCUUCAGUGGGCAAUAACGACAAAACAUCUCACUUCAGCGUUGAUAUCAGCGAGCUGAUCCGAGAGGCCUACGAGAAAUAUGGAAAUAUCCGUUCAGAGGAAGUCGAGAGUUCACGGAAAAGAAACAAACUGCAUGUCAUUCAGACGCUGGAGGACACAACCAAACAAAAUGUGAUUCGGGUGGUGUCCCAAGAAGUGCGACUCAGUGCCUCACAUCUUGACGAGCUUUAUAACUUGUUCAAAAGGCAGCAUUUCCUCUCCUGCUACUGGACAAUGAACAGUCCGGCUCUGCUCCAUCAUGACCCCAGCCUGGCCUAUUUGGAGCAGUACCAGUUGGGUUUCCAGCAGUUCAGCAUGCUUUUCUCCCUGCUGGAGCCCUGGGCUUUCUGCAACACCAAGAGCACGCUCUCCCUCUGGGUCUUCCGCCUGAUAGACGAGAACCAGGACGGCCUUGUCAACUUUAAAGAGUUCUGCUGUGCGCUGGAUACUUUAUACAGUGGAUCGUUCACAAACAAGCUGAAAUUCCUCUUCAAGCUGCACCUGCCACCAGCUUUCACAGGUAGUCCUUUGCACUUAAAGGAACAAAGAAUCCAGCACUUUAUUCCAGUGACUGAAGACUCCUCUCACUUGCGUAGACUCACUGCAUUCGAUCUACCAGAAGAUGGUGUGAUAAGGAAAAGCCCUGAAAGAGGAAGAGGAAAAGUGGACCUCCAGGCUUACCUGAAACAGUGGCAAAAUGAAAUACUUAAAAAAGAGGAAACCAUCAAGGACCUGCCCCGAAUCAAUCAGUCUCAGUUCAUCCAGUUCUCGAAGACCCUGUACAACAUCUUCCAUGGCGAUCCAGAGGAGGAGUCUCUGUACCGAGCCGUGGCCCACGUGACCAGCCUUCUGCUGAGAAUGGAGGAGGUGGGGCGGAGGCUGCAGGAGCCGAGCAGCCCGCCAGAGCCCACAGAGCCUGCUAACACCAACGCUGGCGCCGCUGCCGAAUCUUCACCAGAAGAAGCGUCUGCCACCCCGGAGAGCUCCGACACCUCCAGCCCCAACAACAGUCAGGAUGCGGGGCCCGACCUUACAGAGAUGGAGUGGUCCUUUUCAUUCGAGCAGGUUCUGGCUUCUCUGCUCAACGAGCCGACCAUAGUCAGCUUCUUCGAAAGGCCCGUCGACGUGCAAACUAAACUGGGACAAGCUAGGGUUGCCCAGCUGAAGCUAAAGAUGAAUAAGUGAAAGGAUACAUAACUGAAUUAAUAUUCUGCUUCUGAAUCAAACCCAGAAGUCACCAUUAAUUUCCUUUCUCCAUUCGGAUAGGGCAGGUUUUUGGGCGAGGCACACAAUAAGAUUACUGCUUGAGUGGUAUCAUAAAUGAAGAGGAGACCUCAGAUUUUAAAACCUGGAGUGCAAUGUGUGUGCGUGGCCUGGAUGUUUGACAGCGAUGGCUGAUGAAAUGAAUAAGGCACAUCUUUAAGACACUGGCCUCGUCGCAGGCAUACUGUAGGCUGUCGUUUCUCAAAUCUGAUUAUGCAUUUUCAACCUCUGUGAUGACAUUUAUUCUCUCAUGUAGCCUCAGAUUCUUCAGAUUUUAAGUUUAAUUUAAAAUAUUUUUUUCCCAUAUGCCGUGGAUGACAUACAGUAUAGUUUUGUACCAUAUAAGGGACAUUUCUGUAAAGUCCCCUGACGUAGAGUUUGUCCCUCACUCUGAGGUCAUGUCCAUAAAAAACAACUUGUGACAAGGUGACUGAGAGUCCACAGGAACAUUCUUCCUCUGGAUAUCUUGAUAUAUUCUCUCUCUCAGAUUACUCGCCACUGCGUUAGGUAGUGAAACAAGCUAUAGGUUGUGAAUUCAGUGUUCUUAAGCAACGUUAGUGUAAUCCUGUCGACUUGUUGUGAGAAACACCAGCUUUCCAGUUGAAGAGGCACAGAAUAUAGUAGUACAAUGUCAGUAAGGACAGUGUUGUCCCAGGAAGCCAUAAAUUGAAUUCAGAGAUUUAUCUGAAUAAGGAUGUCAGAUGCAUUUUUAUCGAGAACGUGAACGAUUCAAUUAUGGUAUUACACAUGUGCAAUAAUACACAAGAGAGGAUGCUGCACUGCCACACUCGUCCGUCUCAUUCCUCCAACAGCAGCACACGCUGUAACAAUAUUAUAGCAUGACUUCAAGUUAUGUCAUACUGUAAGCUGUCUGUAAAGGUAAAAUAGUUUGAAUUCCACAGUGCUGCUGCAGGGAAAUCUCCUGUAUCCGCUUCUGAACAUGUGCUGUGUGAUCCUCAGAGUGCGACUGGUCGAUGUACUGUUUGCUUACGUUCGUCUUACUGUAUAUGUAGGAUGUUAUGCUCUAGUGUAAGUGCAGCAUUUUUUUGUACAUAAGGAUCAGUUCAAUAGUCGUUUGAUUAUUGUAUUUAUGAGGCUUGUAUUGAUGUAAGAUAUGAGCUAGUGGACUGUUGUGGACAAACCUUUUGAGGGACAUUUUAUCAAAUCUCAGGGUGCAAUUUGUGUAAAAUAAAAGGGAGAAAAGGGAUAUUUUUUCGACCUGGGAUAUAUAAAGUAUAUACGACUGAGUUACACAUAGCUUACAAAUGUCUGUAACGUUAAAAUAUAGAGCAUGUGUAGCAUAGUUACAGGAUUUGCCACAUUAUGCUUGCCUUCAAGGAAACAGCAAUUAUUACUGCUCGCUACAGAGAGCCAGAUCUGGCUUACAGUAUUUCAGUUGCUUUUUAUCUGCAUUUUCUGCCUCUUUUUUUUUUUUUUUUGCCUCGAUCUCAGUGAAUCAUUUGCACAGUUGUUUGAGAUUCACACGUUGUAGAUAUCGCCUGUAUCUCGGCCAGAUCUCAAAGGCGUUGGAUUCCAAAAAGGUUGUGACCGCUUUAGCUGCAGCUUGUCUCUCUAGGGGCCAAAUUUCAAGAAUUCGCAGAGCUUUAUAUCUGCCUGUCUUGGGAAAAAGUGUUUUAGAAGCUCUUUAAGUGCAAGUGCAAUUUUCCAUGUGCUAUAUUUGCAUUAUUUUGUCAUAUGCUGGGAAUGCUUUGUUAUUAUUUUUUCACUUAAGAUUUUAGGACCAAUCUGAAAUGUAAUACAUUAUGUAAUUCUUGGGUUAAGAUUGUUAAAGUGAGUUGUACAUACUCAUUGAAAAAUUUUGCAAACAUCCAUAAUUUUUUGGAACUGAAAAGAGAAAUCUAUCACUGUUUACAUGACUAAUGUAAAGAAAAAUCCCAAUUACAACCCGUUUAUCUUUGAUAUUUUGUCACUCCUUGAAGUAGAGUGUGAUCAGUGACAUCAGUUGAACACGUAAAGCCAUAAAGCUCAGCAAUUAUUUCAGCAUCUCUGACCAUGGUCUGAAUAUUUCAGUGCGACUGUUCCCAAGCAGUUUAAUGCUGCAUUUGUAACACCUCCCAGACUUAAAGAAAUUAUAAAUGCUGCAAAUCCCUUCUCUUAAAAAUCUUGCAAGAGAUCAGAGUUCUUCAUUUUAUUUUAUUGCUUCAUCUGUUUCUGAUUAUUUGAUAAUAUCUUAGAAAUUAGAAAUCAUUGAAAAAAAGUUUGUACUCAAAAAUUCAUUUGUAGAACAGUGGCAAAGACAAAACAAACCUGAUGCUCAAUAAUUUCCUUACUGUUUCUUUAGGCAUAGCUUUUGGAAAACAGCACUUAAGAUGAUUUAAUUUUUUUAGUCCAAAAUAGUUUGUGGUUUCCACUUAUGGGAAAUAAAUGAAAGGAGAUGAUGAAGGGAAAUCAGACGGUUGAAAAUCGUCACUGCCCCCCACCACCACGACCCCCGGCAUGCUUUCAUAUUAAGCAUCAGAGUGUAAACAGUAGGCAUGGAUAACGCUCCAGCUCCUGCAUUUCUCUAUGACUAAUCAAGUCUUUAUAUGUGCAAGUGUAGUCUACAGCUUUAAAGGUCUGUAGCCUUUGAUUGAAAGCUUGUUUUGCAAAAUAUGUGAAGUGCAGAUCUUUCUGUUUACUUGCUUGAUCAUGAUUUUUUUUAUUUCCAUACAAAGGUAUCAGAAUAAAGAGUGAUGAUUCUAUCAA